AUGGAGAUAGAAGAAGAAAUAGGAAAGCUCACAAAAAAUGGAGGUUCAGUGCACAACCCUCUCAUUACUAUGAAGUUCGGAGAGGAAGAAGAAAAACAAAGGGGGUUCAAGGAGGAAGAAGAAAUACAAAAGUUUGUGAAAGAGGACGACCUAACGCACAAGGGCCUUGCCACUGCAGAGUGUGGGGAGAAAAAAGAAACCCAAAAGUUUGUAAAAAAAGACCGUUCACUUUAUGAAAUUCUUGCCAUUUCGAGGCCUGCAAAAGAAGAAACCCAGAAUCUUAUGAAAAAAUCAUUAAAUCAGAUAGAGACGGAAGCAAAGUUGGAGCUGACAGUGGACCAAGUGGUGGAAGAGUACGUGGGAUCAUUCGGGUUGUCGCAGCUUUUGCAUGUUUUCUUAGUGUCACUGGCUUGGAUUUUUGAUUCACAGAACACGUUAGUGACCAUCUUUGCUGAUGCUCAACCCGAAGCUUGGAGAUGCAUAAUAAAUACAUCGUGCGUUAAUGGUGGCGGUGAUAAGGGGGAUGCUGCCGCUGUCUGCCGGUUGCAGCCGGGGACAUGGGAGUGGACCGGUGGCCGUGCAAGUUCGACUAUUGCCGAGUGGGGGCUCGUGUGUGACCGCAAAUUUCUUGCUGCUCUCCCGGCGUCCCUCUUCUUCUUUGGGUCUCUCUUGGGGUCUGCUGUUUUUGGUCGCUUAGCCGACGCAUUCCUGGGAAGGAAGAGGACAGUGUUCAUCUCAUGCCUCCUGACCUCAACCACUGCUUUUCUCACCUCUCUCUCCCCAAACAUAUGGAUAUACGCUCUCCUCCGCUUCGCAAAUGGGUUUGCGCGGUCCGGGAUCGGCAUAUGCUGUCUUGUUCUCUCCACGGAGGCUGUCGGCCGCAAAUGGCGAGGUCAAGUUGGCCAGUACGGCUUCUUCUUCUUCACAGCAGGCUUUCUUUCGCUGCCUCUCAUUGCUUAUCCCACCAGAACUCACUGGAGAUAUAUAUACAGAAUAAUUUCAUUCCUUCCUCUUGUAUACUCCUUAUUUAUACUCCCAUUCGUGUCCGAGUCGCCACGUUGGCUUGUUGUUCGAGGAAGAAGCAAAGAAGCACUUGAAGUGUUGAAAGAAUAUGCAAGACUCAAUGGAAAGAAGCUUCCUGCCAAUCUAACUCUUUCAGAACCAUCAAUUUUCAGAGUUGAUACUGAUGGUGAAACUGCAUUGUCCAAAUCAGAAGCAAAAAUGGACCUGUGGACUACAAAAUGGGCUGCUAAAAGAAUGAUCAUGCUCAUGAUAUCCGGAUUUGGAGCCGGGUUUGUCUACUAUGGCAUUCAACUCAAUGUCGAAAACCUCAACUCCAAUCUAUAUUUAACUGUCGCACUCAAUGCCAUGAUUGAGAUUCCGGCAGUUUUCCUCGGCAGCGUGCUUUUGAGCUUCGCAAACCGCCGGCUGGUUUUUUCCGGGUCUGCCUACGUGGCCGGAGUUUCGUGCAUCGUCUGCAUUAUUUUCUCCAUAGGACGUGAAAAUGGUGACAAAUAUGGAAGAAGAUGGGCUCAACUAGGCGUUGAAGCAGUUGGGUUCAUGGCUGCGUCGACAGCUUUUGAUGUACUAUACAUCUACUGCGUGGAGCUUUUCCCAACGAAUGUGAGAAACUUUGCUGUUUCUAUGAUGCGCCAAGCCUUGAUGUUGGGGGCUUCCAUUGCUCCUCUGCUGGUUGCUCUUGGAAGAGUUAGUCCAUCUCUUUCCUUCCUUAUUUUUGGGACAUUGUCCAUCUUUAGUGGUGUGUUGAGCCUCUGGCUUCCUGAAACUAAGAAUGCUCCACUCUAUGAGACAUUGGAGCAACAAGAGGUAGAGGAAAACCUGAAUUUUGCUUCUAAUGACUCGGGAUUAGAACUUGGAAGUUAA